UCUGCGGGCGGCGGAGAAACGCGACGGACCGACGGACCGGAAGAAGCCCGGCGGUCCGACGGACCGGGCUGCUCUGCGCGCGCGCAGGACUCCCGGUGCUAUGGCGGCCCCCUGCAGGCAGGUCUUUCAGUUCCACAAGCUGGUGCCCUUCCCUGGUCUACACUGGGCUGCACAGCUGCGUCUACAUGGCGUGCACAAAACUGCAGGAGGGGCUCCUUCCCAGAUCCGUGGUUGCAGAUUAACUACAGCCUCCCGUAAAGGGGAUGGUCGUGAGGACACGGCCUUUCUCGCCCCUCAGAACCACAUCAAGGGGCUCGAAUCCAGCAAGAACACGGCGAACCUGCUUGUUCAGAAGGAGCCGUCCUCCGUGGACUUGGAGAAGGCGGUGAAUUUGCUUUCGGACAUGGGAUUCAGCGAGACUCACGUAAAGGAGCUGUUCGGGAUCCACGCAGGGAUCAAACCGGACCAGAUGCUGGCGGUGGUGUCAGAGUUAAUGCUGCUGGGUUUGGACCCUGAUCCCGUGUGUAAGGCCUUGCAGAAGAAUCCCAGAAUCCUGCAGGUGACGGGCAAACAGCUGAAGAAUCGGGCCAGCCACCUGAGGCGGCUUGGCCUUGGAGGAGGGAAGUUGCAGCACAUGGCUCACUGCUGUCCAGACCUGUUCACCAUGAGCCAGCAGCGUAUCGAUGCCCUUGUGUCAGUUCUGAAGGAUAGAUGCCUUUUCACGGGGCAGCAGGUGACGGAGAUUUUGCACAGCUGCCCCAGGGUUCUUCAGGAGGACCCCAGUGCCUUGGAGUAUAAAUUCCAGUACGCAUAUUUUAGGAUGGGAAUAAAGCAGCGGGACUUGGUGAAGACCAAAUACUUCCAGUACUCAAUGACCAAGAUCAAACAGAGGCAUAUCUUCUUAGAGCGACUGGGCCUUUACCAAACUCCUGAUAAAAAGGGACAAACCCAGAUCUGCAAUCCUUCUGUGAAUUCGGUGUUGAGAAUCCCAGAAGCAGAGUUUUUAGCCAAGACAGCCCACUCGUCUUGGGAGGAGUUUGAAGUCUUUAAGCAGCUCUUAACUCGGGAGGAACUGGAGGAGGGGGAAGGUCUGAGCGUGUCUGAGGAUGAGGACGCCGACAGUUCUAGUGAUGACGAGGAGUGAGACAGAAAUGAGUGGAGGACGCCGAUCGAGAGUUUCACUUUAGGAAGAUGUUUGCUGCAAACGUCAUUGGAGGAUUCUCGAGUUACUGACGUCCUCUGAAGACCUAGAUCUGUGACCAGACCAACAGACAGACUUUCAGUAGAGGAUCCGAGAUACUGGAGCUGGAUGGGACUGGAGAGUCUUGUGGUUCCACUUGAAGUUAAGGACUCCCUUGUUGUAAUGGAUGUAAGAACAGUAAACAAGUCUGGCCUCGCUUUUUGCCCUGCUAAUAUGUGAGUUGCUUACCUAGCCUGGAGGGAGGGGUUCCUCCUUCUGAUGGCAGGGAGUGAACCGUCUUUCCUUCCAUUGGGUCAGUAGUGAAUGUGCUAAGUGGUAAUGGUAAGACUGGAAGGGGCAGGAGGGAGGUCACCCUCAGGAUGUAGCAGGUGGCUGGCUACCUCCCAGGGGUCCUGGUUCUUGACCUAAAAAUGGCUGAUUCACUUGUGGUUGCAGUGUACCAUGGAAUGAGAACCAUUUGUGAAGUCUGGCUCUGCCUUUGGCUUCAUAUUGAUUGUUUACGAGGUUCCACGAUCAUUGAGGAUCCCAGUAAAUGAGGAACCCUCUUCAUCGCCGACCCUGUUACUUGGCCUGCAGCUUACUUCCCAGCCUGGUCUGUUAGUGUCAGGCCUUUCUGAAACUGUGGCAGUCGUGGCAGCGAGAUCCUGUUUGUUGUGAGGGAGAGGUUGCUUGUGAGUAUGGAGGUGGAGAUUUUUCAGAGCUCCCUGCUCUGUGCUGGAGAUGGUGGCAUGCGAGAUGAAACCAUUUCACCAGGUAAGAAUUCUAGUCACAUCCCUCUCUCUUUGGGACUUCAAAUGGUGUGCUUCUUUGGAGCCCGUGUUUUUGUGCUGGAUCAGUGAGAUGGGAUCCUAAAGAUGUUCUCCAGUUUGUUGGUUCUUUUCACUUGGACCACAAAUGAAUACGCCCCUUUGAGAAGAAGAGAGGGAAGGAGGGAUUCCUGGGUCCUCUGUGGGCAAACCCUAAUCCUCUGUCAACAUUCUGCUUGUGAGCUGAUGGGCUUUUAGGAAGAGGCAAGAGGCCUUCAAAUGAUUUUGUAGAAGAAAUGAGAGGUCCAGAAUGAGUCAUGAGGAAAAAGUGUCUUGGCGGAUGUGCUUGGAAUGUUUUAAAGGCAAAUUGAGAGAUGUAAUUGCUGUGAAAACAUAAUAUUGAGAAAAACUUUUUCAGUAGAUGUUUUCAUUUCUCUGUAAAACAUCAAAAGGGAUGGGUCACUCGGCCACAGAUCGCCAAACUCAGAAUUUGCUAUCUCAAACAAACAUUUUUCUCAUUUUCUGAGAUUCCAGGAAUUAUUUACAUGAUGAUAGAAGUCUUUUUUUCUCUCAUGUACAUUUCCAGUCACAUCAUGUGAUCCUGUUGAGGCCCAGUAUUGUUGAAAAAAAAAUCCCAUGGUUAUAUAUAGUAACGACCCUUUUCCAGCCACCUUUGUGUUUCUGACUCUUCACUAAACUAAAGCCAAUCUCAAGUGGCUAUUUGUUACAGCUUUUGAAAUGGUAGAAGUUUUUAAGCUUUGCUGUGUAGUUUAUGUCCUUGGUGUGUCCUUCCUUUGUAAAAAUGGCUGAUCAAUAAUGUGUGUGUGCUUUUCCUGAGGCAUACCCACAUAUAAGUCUCGUGAUUUAAAAACCAAGAUUUUAAUCCUUCAAAGAAAUCCUCUUGUAAAAUUUGACUACAUCUUGUGAAAAAGAAUGCCUUCUAUUUUGAAUGGGUCAUGCUCUCCUUCAGCACCUUCAGAUACUGGGGAAUGUGGACAGGUAAGAGAAAUCUCUGUGUAGGCUGUGCAUCCUGACACACGCAAUCUUUGCUGCCUUGCUCCUUCACAGACAGAACUCUAAAAUUUGAAGGUCAGAUUUCUUCCUCUUCCCUCUGUUUAUCUUAGAGCACUAAUGCAUUCCAGCACUGUCUCCACCCUUGACUACUGACUGAUGCCUGGCACGGUGAGCCCAAGACUCAGCAGUGAUUUUGGGGUCUACUUGGGGUCAGUUGCUAUAAUGAUGUUAACAUUUCUAAGUAUCCUGUAGGGUUUCCAUUGUUUUAACAGCAUUUUGGGGGAGUGUUUUUUGAAAUAUGUUGAAAAGUUAGCAUCAUGAGUGAUAAUGUGUCCUCUCUGGUCAAGGACCAAACUUUAAAAAUUUUAGGUUAAUGAGUCAGUAGACUAAAACAGUUUGUCUUGAUGGCAGCAGUGCAGACCUUUUUCCCGUUAGUCUAGGGUGGCCGUAAUGGCUGUGCCUGAUCUGCCAGCUAAGGAAUGAGUUUGUCCACAUGCAAAAGCCCAUAUGAAAUUCUUGGAGACAGAAAGGUUUCUAAGCUAGAUAGCGUUAAUUAACAUUUCUUCUUUCAAAAUACCAAAAGGCACUAAUCCAUGCUAUGGACUACUAACCUGCAAAACAUCCAUUAACAAAAAUACUCUUCAGAUUAUAGGACUAGGGACAAAAAGGGUUAAGUAGCACUAAACAAUGCUUGAAGUUGCUUUUCAACUUGGGAGAGAUUCAUUUCUGCUCUUGCUGCUAACGUCUCUUCUCCGUUUUGAUUUUUUUGGUCUCAGAGAGAAGAUUGAUGCCCACUUUGAACUUUGUGAGCCGGGGUCUGCUGAUUCCAGUCAUGCUCCUGGUGGUCUGCCAAGUUAACCCCCUCUCAUUUGCAUACCCAUACAAUGAUACCUUUCAGUCAUUGUAGAAAACUAGCUGAUACUGUUCCAAAGGCUUGUGCUGCAUACGCAAAACCUUUGGAUGGUAUAUCUUGGGAAGAAUGCAGACACCUUGGAGAGAUGAAGUCUGGAAUUAGAAAACUGAAGAAGCCUUGGCCAUGUCCCCAAAGGAAGGAGGUGGCUGGCGUGGUAUUCAGGCCUGACAACAUGUCUCAGAGAGGCUUCAGGAGAGGAGGAUGCAGAGGUGUGAGCUCCCGUCUAGUAAAGCGCCUCUCUUCUUUGGGUUCUGUUUCAACCCAUGUAGUAGAUCUCAUCUUCCUGGGAUUUAAAAGCCCUUAGAGUUGACAAGGUACUAAACUACAAUCAUCCUGGACCCUUUAAGGAAGGAGGGAAAAAGAAAUGAAUAUUUUCAGUGACACUUUCAAUUUAAAUCCUGAUUUCCAUCUAUUAUAAGUUACAGUUUCAGCCUCAUCCUUUCCAAGUAGAAGCACCUCAUUUCGCCUAAUCGUUUUCCAUUUGUUUCUGUUUGCCAUUUAGUUGGGGUUUUGUGCCUUAAAUUGUCAUCAGGAAUUGGUCUGCUCAGGGGACCUUGGUCCUUGAAGGCAGUGUUAGCAGAACCAGUGCCCCAGUUGGCCUUUCCAGGUUGGAAAGGCUUUGAGGACAGGCUUAGUGUCCUCGUUACCCACAUCUGCUUGGGAAGAAUGGCAUCUGCCACCUGGCCACCAGGUUGGGGACAUUUUUUGACCACAGUAACUUGUGAAACCAUGGAUGGGAAGGUGGAGAGGAAUUAUCAGAUGUGCCCUGCUGGGAGGACAGAUGUGGGUCAAGUCACAGACCUUUGAGCUGGUGGGACUCCAGCACUCAAUGACAAGUAGAGGGUCUCAUGAGAGUCAGCUAUGUGGGCAAGUCUUGGGAAUUGCCAGAAGCACAGACUUGUCCAGUGUCACCUGUCUGAUAAAGAGGUGGGCUCGGAGUCUGGCAUGCUUCGGUACCCAGCACUCUAAUGUGUGCUCGUGAGUUCACUAGACUGGCCUAGUAUUAUAGAUCUUUCCACAUAGUUCAGCCUGUCCUUGUGGCUCUUCGUAUGGACUUUAAGUCAUUGAGUGUUUAUUAAACACCUCUCUGUGCCAGGUCCUGUACUAUUCCUGGAGGUGAAAGGCAAAAGAACUGCCAAAGGGGAAUGGUCCCCAAAGGCCCCCAAAUGUGUCCAUUCUCUUGAAAACUAAAAUAUUCGCAGGAGUCUCCAGCCUUUGAGGGAGGCUAGCUUGAGUGCUGGGAUUUGCCCGUGAGCUUUCUCCUGAAAUGUAUUUAACUGCUAAGUGAUUAGCCCCAGUGUCUCCUUCCUCACCUGUGACCUCAGAAGGGCACUUACUUACCUUAAGGCUUCUUUGCUAUUUGACUGUUGCUUUGUUUCCUGAAACAGAAAAGAGAAGCUAAUGGAACACAUUUGUUUUUAGAGUUUACUGAUUCCAGAUCGAGCUUUCCUAGAAUAGGGAGCCUCAAGAGUCGGGAGAAGAAGCCUACUACAAAAAAGCCAGUUUUAGACUUUUCCCAAAGUAGUAGCUGUGAGUGGUCAUGUCGAUUUGUCCAGGAUUCCUGUUUAUGACCUGUGUCCGCUCUAAAGUGGAAGGCGCCACCGCCUCGCCUUUGGCCUUGCUGCUGCCCUGGGUGAGCCAGGAGGGGGCAGGGCCUCACAUAAGGGCUCCGGGAAUACUUUUCCAUUCUCUGUAGGGACCUGGUGGUCACCCAGCCAGGUGUCUGGCUGUCACUGUGAGGGGUCACUAGGUGAUGAGUUCUUUGGCUACAGCAUUUCCGCAGACCGCCUGCUGGCUGCGUCCCCAUUGCCCUUGCCACUAGCCCCUGUGUCCAGGCUGCCUGAGCCAUCGGGCAGGUCCUUGGCAGCCUGGGCUAGUACCUGCUGGGGGUCUUCUGGGCAGUGGUGCCCUCACAGCUCUCCUUGUAGCAGAUGUCAGGGUGGACUUUGUAGAUUCUCUUGUACCUGCCAUUGAAAGAGAGAAUUGAGUCAGUGACUCUGCGCUGCCAAGGAGCCCAGGGCUUGUGGGAGGCAUCUGCUCUGCAGACUUUGGGGAGAACAUUUUAGAUUUCAAGUCUGACAGGGCAGGGUCCUUGGUUCCUGAGCUUGCCUGAUCCUCAGUUUCUCUGGGAGGCACCUGAGGACUUUGUACAUUUAUUAAUGUCUAUUUGGGGUGACUAGGAUUUGAUCUUGACUUUCUACUUAUUUUGUCAUCUAGAUGAGUUAUGGAGUAUUCCUUUAAAUUUUUAAAAACAAUUAUUAUUAACCUACCAUCAAAGGCAUUCAAAUAAACAUAAUUGAAAGUGUUCAAACAUAAAAUUGAGUCUAACUUAUUGUUAAAUCCAAAAGCACAGUUGCUUUAGCAAGACACAAAUAAAAACGUCCUUUUCA